AUGCUGGCAGUGCGCUACGUGGACUUCGAGGGCGGGCAGUCAGCAGGUUGGGGCCCAGUUCCUCCAGACGAGCUGGACUUAUGUGCACCCAUCAUCCAAGUGAUGGUUGUGUUGUUAAGCUACAGUAACACGCAGACCUGCCUGGGCGAGCAGGGUCGGCACGACUGUCGCUGGAAACCAUGGGAGGACUGGGAGGCUUGUACCAGGAGUUGCGACGGGGGCGAGCGGACGCGUCGGCGUGGCAUUGCCGCAGAGCCCACCGGCCACGGACUGGCCUGCAAGGCCAGCAGCUCGUUGGAGGCCGCGCCUUGUAAUACCGCAAGUUGCUGGACGAUGGCGGAGGUCUGCGCCUGGUCAGAGUGGGGAACUUUUGGGCAGUGCUCGAGGUCUUGCGGGAGUGGCCAGCAGACCCGGAACCGACAAAAGACGUGGCAUUCUCCCGAUGCAGCCAAGGUCAUCCCUGCAAGUGGAGUGCACCGGCAGGCAGAGGGAGAUCAGGCCCUGUGGCCUGAUCCCAUGCACCUUGGCGGAGGCUCCCGUGAAUUGCUUGUGGUGCUGAUCGUGGCGAUGCAGGCUCUCCAAAGAGACUUCGUAGCAGCCGGGUCGCUGCAUGCCCUCCGUGGCGGCGUGCCUUGCGUUCUGCUCUUGGAGCAGAUUUUCGGGGCCCGGCAGAAUUCAAGCGCCGCCAGGAACGUGAACUGUGAGUUCGGCCUCUGGACGACCUGGAGUUUGGCCUACGCUCAGAGCCUUUCCAGGCGGUGCUGGUCAAAGAUACCACACCAGAACCGUGAUUGUGCACGCGCAGGUAUGGAGGAGGUGCAGCCCUGCUUCAGGAAGCUACGACAACCACGGGUUCUUUGCAACCGCAAUAUGGCAUGGCAGUUCGUCUUUAUCAAGGACCCAGAUCAGACUUGCUGCUCAGGUACCGCCAAGAACGGUGGAGCCGAAUGUCCCGAGGCAGACUUAGAAGAAACGGGCGAGUGCAACACCCAAGACUGUGUCGCGGACGCCUGGGGGAAGAUCGACUGCACCUGGAGCACCUGGUCUUCUUGGCGGUCUUGCUCCACGUCCUGUGGCACGGGUGAGGCAAGGAGAACCCGGAUCAUCGUUCAGGAGGCGGCGCACUCAGGGCAACCUUGCAGCGGCUACUUCCAGGAGUUUCGCAAAUGCCAAGACAGACCUUGCGAGCUGAAGGACUGCCAGUUCUCUGCUUGGGAACAUUGGAGCAGCUGCUCCGACAGGUGCACCGGCCAUCGUCAGCGAAGGCGCAACAUCGAACAGCAGGCCAUUGGAGGUGGGGCGGUGUGCACCGGCUCCACGAACGAACUUCGUCCCUGUGGCGCGAUCCACGACACUUUCUGCUUGAGCUCUGGGGAGGCUGUGGACUGUGCCUUUGGUCCUUGGUCGGCAUGGUCCGACUGCUCCCGAGAGUGCGGCGGCGGUCAGCACACGGCGACCCGCCAGGUCCUGCAGCACGCUGGGGGUGCAGGAACCCCAUGCUCCGGGGCUUUGCAACGUCUCGAAGCCUGUAACCUCAUCUACUGCCCAGGCGGGGGGGUUGACACUACAUGGAAGCUUUAG